CAACUGCACAAAAACGACAUGGUAGGGUAGAAGGGCAUCAAAUGACAGCAUCUAAGAGCUAGAGCUCGACCUAUAAAAUGAGCCGUCGUAAUCCCUUUAACGACCCAGUUGAGUUAAUUUAUGAGUAGUGUUGUAUAAAAGAGAUAAAUACGGGUCAGAGUGAUAAUAUCUGAUAACAAUCAACUGCAUGAGAAAGAGAAUAGGCAGCACCUGGGAAGUAAUAAGCACGCAGAAUGGUUGACAAAGGAGAUGAAUAUAUCUUCAAUUCUCGAAAAUCACCAAUUGUUUGUCAGCAUGGCAUUGUAUCAACGAAUCAACCCUUAGCAUCUCAGAUAGGAUUAGAUAUAUUAAAAGCUGGUGGAAACGCAGCAGACGCAGCCAUUGCUGUAGCCGCAGCACUAAACGUAACAGAACCAUGUUCCACCGGAAUGGGUGGAGACGCGUUUUGUUUGUUUUAUGAGGCCAACUCAAAGACAGUAAAAGGAUUGAAUGGGAGUGGAAGAGCACCCAAGGCAGCAACAUUAGAACUAUUCAAGUCGUGUGGUUAUACACCCGAUAAUCCCAUGCCUAUGAGAGGAGGUCUAUCAGUGACUGUGCCCGGUGCUGCAGCUGCCUGGGUCGAUACAGUUCAACAUUUUGGAAGUGGGAAGAUUUCGUUAGUAGAUAUUUUGCAGCCUGCUAUCAAUCUGGCGGAAAAUGGUUUCCCAGUUCAACAAACAGUAGCUCAUUUUUGGGCCAAGGGAUCGUCAUUACUAAAAGACCCAGAGAAUAAACAUGGACAAGAUAUGCUACUAGAUGGUGAAGCUCCAAAACAUGGCCAGGUCAUCAAGCUACCGAAAAUGGCACAGACAUUUAAGGAAGUGGCGAAAUAUGGUAAAAAGGGGUUUUAUGAAGGUCGAAUAGCCCAAGCUGUAGUUGAUGUGGUAAAUGCUCAUGGUGGAGUUAUGUCCCUUGAAGAUCUAGCUUCUCAUCGGACGACAUAUGAAGAACCAAUAUCAGUAGAUUAUAAAGGACAUAGAGUUUGGGAAAUAGCACCAAGUGGACAGGGCUUAGUAGCUCUUCUCGCUCUCAAUAUUUUGGAUGAUUACGAUUUACGAGCUAUGGAACAUAAUUCUGGUGAAUAUCUACACCAUGUUAUAGAAGCAAUAAGACUAGGAUUCGCUGACGGGUUGCAGUACAUUGCCGACCCUUCAAUGGUAAACGUUCCCAUCAAGGAGUUAUUGUCAAAGAAAUAUGCAAAAGAAAGAAGAAAACAUAUAAAUUCUAACAGAACUUCAAGCGUCAUACAUGGUUCACCUUAUCUUGGAUCUGAUACUACAUAUUUUUCCAUCACCGAUGCCCAUGGCAAUGCUUGUUCCUUUAUCAACUCUAAUUUUAUGGGGUUUGGCACUGGUUUGGUACCAGAGGGAUGUGGAUUCACCUUACAGAAUCGAGGUUAUGGAUUUAGUUUAGAACCAGAUCAUCCCAAUAGAUUAGAACCUGGCAAACGACCAUAUCACACUAUUAUUCCAGCUAUGAUUACUUCACACGACACAGCAUUGACUUCGAUUUUCAUGAACAGUAUGAACGAACACGCCUUUUUAUACGCUUACAUGAAUAUGUGGUCGUAUAUUGUCGUUCUGUUGAAUAUGGUAGAAUUCGGAAUGAAUCCACAACAAGCCAUUGAUGCUCCGAGAUUUUGUGUUGGUGGUGGCUAUGGGUGUGGAAAUGUGGUAUCAUUAGAGGAAGGUAUACAAGAGGACACAAUUCGUGUCUUGAAAGAUAAGGGACAUAAUGUGGAGGGACCUCUUGUUGGUUAUGACAGAUCUCUGUUUGGAAGAGGUCAUGUCAUUGCCAAAGGAGACUGGUGGCGUGGUGAUACAUCAAGUCGUAGCGACGUCUGGUGGGGAGGUUGUGAUCCUCGAACAGACAGCUCCGCAGUUGGCUUUUAACAUCAAGGUGAUUUCAAUAUGUCUUCCAUAAACUUAAUUGAAUAAAUAUUACUUGGGCUC